AUGAUUAAAGCUGCAUUUAAUCAUUCUUCUCUUCAACGAAUCAAUCUAAUUACAAAUGCUCGUUCAAAUUGUUUUUCACGACGCAGAAAUUUAGAUGGCAACUUGACCUUUCGUUUGGUUAAAAUGGAUUGUAUGACCUCGGAUUUUCAUGGUGUAAAAAUUGAUCAUGCUUGCUAUAAAUUACACAGCAGACGCUAUCUACCUUUGACGGGACAACUUCAUAUUCGUCGUCUCAAUCUUGAUUUCAAGCAAUGGAGAUUACACUUACUAGUUGAAUUCUUAUCUGCUAUGCCUUCGUUAAUAACAUUAACAAUUAAAGGCUUCUGUUGUUGUAAUAAUAUUUAUUUCUGGCUAUAUGCCGACCGUUGGGAACAAAUGUUGCAAAAUUUGAAGGCAUUGCAACAUGUCACUAUCGAGAUUUACCUUGCUUUACCAAUAAGGUUGAGACAAGGGUGCGUGAAAUCGUUCAAUGAAAGUGUAGCAGAAAAUUUUGAAACCUGCAAACGGAUAAAUUUGGUAGCCGGACCAAGAACGAAAAAACCAGGUGUGGGAUGUGUUCAGAUUAGUGCUUCGCUUAAUAUGGGCUAG